AUGCUGCAUCUCCUUCCACCACGGAGCCGCUCGCUCGCCCUGCUCAGCCAGGACGACUUCUUUGAGAGCUUCAAUGGGAGUUUCUGUGACGUGAGUGAUGCUUUGGGGGCUGAUCUGUUGGACUGCAAGUACUCCAUCCCUGACCCGCAGCUGGUCCGGAGGAUUGUGUCCCAGGUGGAGUUCUACCUCUCUGAUGAGAACCUGGCCAAGGAUGCUUUCCUCCUGAAACAUGUGCAGAAGAACAAGAUGGGCUUCGUCAGCAUCAAACUCCUGACGUCCUUCAAGAAGGUGAAAUACCUGACACGCGACUGGCGGCUCACGCUCUACGCCCUCCAGUUCUCGGAGCUGCUGGAGGUGAACGAGGAGGGCACCAAAGUGAGGCGACGGGUCCCCAUCCCCGAGUCCCUGCUGAGCAUCCCCCCCAGCAAACUGCUGCUGGCCUGGGAGCUGCUGCCCCGGGAGCAGGACGUGCUGCCGCUGCUCCAGAAGAGCUUCCUGGAGACCAUCACCAGGAUGUUCACCCCCUUCGGUGCCAUCGCCUCCAUCCGCAUCCUGCGGCCGGGCCGCAAACUGCCCUCGGAUGUGCGGAAAUACACGUCGCGCUUCCCCGAGCUGCUGAGCAAGUGCUGCGCGCUGGUGGAGUACGAGAGCCUGGAGAGCGCCCGCAGAGCCUUUGAGGACCUCGGUCACCAAAGCCACCCGGGCGGUGAGAACAUCAGAGUGGUCCGGCUCUGUGGGAAGGGCUCCAAGAAGAAACCUGGAGCCGAGAGGGAGGCGGCGGAGGAGCUGGUGGACCAGCUGGGAUGGAAGGCGCAGACGGCGGCCGCUGCCACCUUUUCCUACGGCCUCAGGGACUCCCUGCUCUGCCGUUCCCCGGAGUUGGACGGGGCCCCGGCAUCGCCACCUCUCCGCCUGAACAAGGACCCCUGGCCCGGCAGCGACUUCAAGCCCGGCGACUUCGGCAACGCCUUCACCGGAUCGCUCCUCGCCAGCAAGGUCUUCCCUCCGCUGGGCACAG